GUUUUUAUUAAUAUUAUAUACCAAUAUAGUUACUAAAAACUAAGUGGUGUACAUAUUCUAUUAUAUCUUUUAUAAAACAUUAUGUGCGAAUUCCCGUUUAACAAAAAAACAUAUACAAAAAUAUAUAAGGCAGUUGGAAAUUGGUUAAUAACUGUGACAUGUCAGUUAAAGAAAAGUUCAGAGAGGGGAAAACAUUAGUAACAAUAAGAAAAUACAGUGUGAGUGUUGGAUUUGUGUUAAAUAUUUACUUAUGAGUCUUAAAUACCUUCCACGUGAAGUCGGUUCUAGAAGAAUCUAGAUUUGAAAUUAUGCCUUGAGAAUAGCGAGUGCUAUCGUGAAGGGGGAGGACUUAAUGGCCCAGUUGCGUGGUCAAGAUAGGUUCAAAGACUCGUUUCAAGUUCGAUCGGCGCAGCCAUGGCUUGCCCAGCGGUCAGUCGUGCCUCAGGCAUGGAGGAUGGCGGUGGUCGACCAAUUCAACACCGGAGCGCCGGACUACGGCACCAACCAGCUGCAAGAAGAGGAGGCGCCUAAGAUACAGAAGCAGUCUUACAGCCUGCCUUCCCCCGAUGAGUCCUUCAUCAGCAGCCUCGACGCCAAGCUCAAGAACCUCGAGAAGGAGAAGAAGAAGAACAAGAACAAGAAGAACAUGCGGUCUGUCUCCUUCGAGAACAGGCCGAUGUUCAUCACCACGGUCAAGACCGGUAUCUUCCUCGACCCUCCGCCGGAGCUGGCCGCCCUCUUGGGAUACUCGAAGAGUUCCAACGCUUCUUCCGGCAGCACGGGCUCCCAGAAGUCGGCCGUGGACGUCAUGUACUCCUUUUCCAGCCAGCCGAGAGUUCUGAACAACAACAGGCCCAAGCCUAAGGUGAGCAACGAGCGGCACCACGAGGUUAACUUCGAGAAGCAGAAGUCCAAGAACAACCUAAGGGAGAAGAGCGUAGCGUCCGUAAUUAACAAGAGGCUUUCCGAGCAAGUUAUUAAGAAAGAUGAAAACACUCAUUAUGGUAAUAUUAUGUACGAUAGGAGAGUGGUACGUGGUCCGUCAUAUGUUCACCAUCCUAUACCAACCCAAACAGCCGAGUCGCAGGCCUCCCGCCAGGCCGAGGCCCGAAGGCGCUCCAUGGCCCGCCGCCGGGCGCAGACUCAGAGGGCCAGGAACCUGAGGCUAAGGAUGGGGACGCCCCCUCCCGUCGAGGGCAGGAAGCACAAGCACCUCCAGACCCACGAGUACCUCGAAGAUCUUUACGACAAUCCGCCAGAGGUGCACGAGGCAGUACAGACAGACGUGUUCUUGGACAGACCUCCGACGCCGAGUUUUGCCAUCGAUGUCAACAAGGGAAUAGAGGUGGGGACGCAGAUCUACCCCGGAGAACUGUUCCACUUCGACACCGAGGUUCGGCCCGUGCUGGAAGUGCUGGUCGGGAAGACUAUCGAGCAGUCCCUGAUCGAAGUGUUCGAGGAGGACGAGACGAUGGCCAUCAGGAAGCAGCAGGAAGUCCUGAGGGAGCUCCGGGACUCCGAGCUGGCGGAAGAGCAGAGGCUAGCGGAGCAGGAGAGGAGGAGGAAAGAGCAGAUCAGGGACAGGAUCAUAGAACACAAGGAGGCCAGCCUAACCCAGCGAGAGACGGAGGAUAGGGUAGCAGCUGCCGUCUUGACCACUGGGUACAUCGCCGACCUCCUCCCUUCAGUCCUCAAGGGUCUGAAAGACGGUGGAUAUCUCUUCGCCGAUAACCGCGAAGAUAUCGAGGGUAACUUUAUGGACUGGCUUAUGGAAGAAGUAAAGACUGAAAUGCAAAAAAUGGUUGAAAAUAAAGAUCUCCUAACAGAAAUGCUGCGAGAGAUCCUGGAGACUAGGGCGGAUGUUUACCACACCCUCCACGAGCGGGCCGCUCAGAAGAGGGGACACGACUCCGAGGAAGAAGUCACUCCCUCCGAGUCCCAAGCGUCGGCCGUGGAGUACGAAGAGGGGUCGGUGGCUGAAGAAGGCCGUGGAGAAGAGGUUGUCAUAUUGGGCGACGAUAAGUCCUUCAUAUCGGAACCUAAUAUGACUUAAGACGCUUGAGUCGACAUAAGAAAACUGCAAGAUUUUAAUUUCCGUCCAUUUUGAUGGUGCCUGCCUGUAUAUUUAAAUGAAAUGGAUGAUAACAAUAUAUACAUACAUAUAUUUUUUUUCUGCUUAAGAAAAAAUCAAAAUUUAGGUGAUUAUCUUCUAUUUCCUCCAGUCUCUCUAGGAUAGAAAAUGUUAACCUGUAUAGAGGAUAUAAUGUUGUUUAUCCACUGAUUUAAAAUUAGCACAUCUAUUUAUAAUAUCAUAUUAAUAAAUUAUUUAGUUGAA